AUGGUACAAGUGUUGCCUAUAAACUACAAUUCUCAGCUGGUCAUGGUACAAGAGUUGUCUAGAAACUACAAUUAUCAGCUGGUCAUGGUACAAGUGUUGUCUAGAAACUACAAUUAUCAGCUGGUCAUGGUACAAGUGUUGUCUAGAAACUACAAUUAUCAGCUGGUCAUGUUUAAAAACUACAAUUCUCAGCUGGUCAUAGUACAAGUGUUGUCUAGAAACUACAAUUAUCAGCUAGUCAUGGUACAAGAGUUGUCUAAAAACUACAAUUCUCAGCUGGUCAUGGUACUAGUGUUGUCUAGAAACUACAAUUAUCAGCUGGUCAUGUUUAAAAACUACAAUUCUCAGCUGGUCAUGGUACAAGUGUUGUCUAGAAACUACAAUUCUCAGCUGGUCAUGGUACAAGAGUUGUCUUUUAAACUACAAUUCUCAGCUGGUCUUGAACCAAGCGAGGAUAUAUCUCCGGCCAUAAUGGACAGUAGACCAAAGGUUACCGUAAAAGUUAAAGAGACUGCGCUCAUUCCUUGCGCUGGACAAGGCCAUCCACCUCCACAACAUACUUGGUACCGCGAAAAAGGAUCGGAAUGGAUUCUGGCCACUUCAUGGCCCCGAGCUCGACAAGUGGAAGGGACUUUAUGGGUAGAUGACGUACAGAUUGAAGAUGAAGGACACUAUCAUUGUGUAAUAAAUAAUACCUUAGGCAAAAAAGCCGUUCAAACGAUAUUAACAGUAUCAGCUCCAUUAAAAGUGCGUAUAGAGCCUCACUCCUUGGUGAUGUUGACUGGAGGAACUGCAACAUUAACAUGUGUCGUUUCCGGUCAUCCGGUGGAUUCCAUAGUGUGGAUGAAAAACUUUCAGUCUUUAGAACCUGACGGUCGGACCUACUUCCGUUCACGCAAAGUUCUUCACAUCAAAGCUGUCACAAGGUCUGACCAGGGGAUGUAUCAGUGCUUCGUCUUUAGUAAUGGUAACAGUGUACAGGGAACAGCACAGCUUGUUGUCAGUGGUAGGUCUAUGUAA